UAGUGUUUGAAGUUUCUCUUCUCUAAUGAAGUGUUUUGUUUGUCAGGCUGAGUUAAAAAGUUCAAAUAUGCUUGUUAGGCAUUUAAGAUUAGUUCAUGGCUACUUACCUGGAAAAAAUCUCAGGCUUAAAUGCGCUCAGACUGGAUGUGGAUGUGUGUUUGGUACAUUUUCUGGUUUUAGGAAGCAUUUAAACACCAAACACACUGAGUAUAUUGACCAAGAUGGAGACACUGUUGUUAAUUUGAGCAGCGUAGGAGAGGAGGUGAUAGCUAAUGUAGAUGAGACUGCCCCAACAUCUGAACUUUUGAGAUAUUCCAAUAGGAGCACUCUAGAUAUCUGUGCCUCUGCUGUUGCACAACUCAAAGCAGCUGGAUUAAGUCAAUCUUCUGUAAAUAGUUUUGUUUCCUCCAUGGAAGAAGUGUGUUUUGAGAUUCAUGGUCAAGCUAAAGAUGCAGCUCUACAGAGCUUAUCUCCACAGGACAUCGAAAUUAAAAACAAAAUAGAGCAAUCUUUCCAAAAGUUGGAAAACCCAUUCACAUCCUUAAAUUCUGAAACUAAAAGAAAUAAACACUUCAAAGAAAAGUGGGGAAUGGUAGAACCUGUUGAAAAGGUUCUUGGCACAAGAUUUGACAGCAGAAGAAACAAAACAACUGGGACAUACGAUCAGGUCAUUGUAACUGAUAAAUUUGCAUAUAUUCCAAUUUUAGAAACCUUGAAGACAAUUUUUCAAAACCCACAACUUUCGGAUCUGUUCAAGCCCAGGCAUGUACCCAAGGAAGGUGUAUAUGCAGACUUAAGAGAUGGCAACUAUUUAAAAAAAAAUCCCUUCUUCUCUUUAAAAAAAGAUGCUUUGCAAAUACAACUAUUUUAUGAUGACUUUGAAACAGCAAAUCCUUUGGGAUCCAAAAAAGGUAUUCACAAAUUAGGUGCGAUGUACUUUACAUUAAGGAAUUUUCCUCCAAUCUUUAAUUCUUCAUUGACGAAUAUUCAUUUGUGUGCUCUUUUCCAUGCUCAAGACAUCAAGCGUUAUGGUUUUAAUUUGAUACUUGAGCCACUUGUCAGGGAUCUUAAAGUACUUGAGACUGAGGGAUUUAAGGUGAAUAUGUUUAAAGAAAAAAUUCAUGGUACCAUAGUUCAGGUCACCGGUGAUAAUCUUGGGUUGCAUACUCUGUUUGGCUUUGUGGAGUCAUUUGGGGCUCGAUAUUGUUGUCGUUUCUGUCUCCUUGAAAAAGAUUGUUUUCAAACUGUGUUCUGUGAGGAUGAUCCAAAAGUUGUACUAAGAACUGUUGAGAUGCACAAACAGCACUGUCAAACAAUACAAACAGAUCCUACACUACCUCACAUAUAUGGUGUCAAACGCAUUUGUCCACUAAAUUCACUUGAGUAUUUUAACACAGCCAACAAGUUCUCUGUAGAUAUAAUGCAUGAUAUUUUAGAGGGAGUUGCUCAGUUUGAAGUCAAACUUGUCCUUCAUUACAUUCAGGAAAACUUCCUAGAUGCUGAACAACUCGCUGGUAGAAUACAAUCCUUUGACUAUGGUUACAAUCAGCAGCGAAACCGUCCACCUAGAGUGAAGUUGUUUGAUGGAAGUAAUGAUUUGGGGUUAAAUGCCAUACAAUCUUGGUGCUUGCUACGUAAUAUGCCUUUGCUCUUUGGUGAUUUAAUAGACACAGAUGACAAGCACUGGCAUCUUCUACUAUUGCUUCUGCACAUUGUUAACAUUGUAUUUUCACCUGUCCUUUCUGAAGGAAUGACCUUUUAUCUCAAACAUUUAAUCAUUGAUCAUCAUCGGCUCUUCAAGCAGUUAUUUCCUACAAUCAAUCUGUUACCAAAGCAUCAUUUCAUGAUACACUACCCUCGUACUAUAAGAAACAUUGGCCCAGUUCUGCACAUGUGGUGCAUGAGGUAUGAAGCUAAACAUAAUUUUUUUAAGAAGCAAUUAAAAAGCUUUAAAAAUGUUACCAAGACAUUGGCUAAAAAGCACCAAAGUUGUAUGACAAUGUAUCAGGAGUCCUUUAGCAAGCAAAAAUUAAUCUUAGGACCAGGUAAGAUGGUGACACUAAAUGAUUUCAAAGAAGGUUCAGAGAUUGCUUCCAAAUUUGGAGCUGUAUUGUCUACCAGCGUGUUUUCUGCAAAGUGGAUAAAACAUCAUGGUACAGAGUACCGCCGUGACUUCAUUAUCUGCACUGAGGUUGCAUUUGAGAUGCCUGUGUUUUGUAAGAUCAAAACUAUUGUUAUGAAAGAUGACACUGUAUUGCUAUGUGGAAAACUGAUGGAAACUGUGUGUUUUGAUGCUCAUUACCAUGCAUUUAAGGUCAGGGUGCAUCCAGACAGGGUUCUUAAGGUGUUGAACAUAGAUGAGCUGGUUUACUUUAAACCAUUUGAUUUACAACUCAAGUAUGGAACGACAGAUUCCUCUUUGUAUGUUGUUCCUUAUUGCCAUUUCAUGCUGACUUAAGGUCAAUGUUUUAAAUAUUGUAUUCUUUUAAUAUGUUUCUAUGAGACAGUAUUUUAGCCUGACAUACAGUAUUUGAUUGCUGUUAAUAAAGACCUUGAAUUUGA